AACAGCGAUGAUGAAAUUUUGUUCGUGAUUUGAGUGAAUCAAAAUAAAUUAUCGCUGUUGACUGACGUGCGAUCAGCUUCAAGAUUUCUAAAUCUUGCUGAUUAAAUAGAAUAAAUUCGUUCUUCCUUCGUGACAGAAAGGACGAUUUGUUGUUAUUCAUAAAUCUUUAAGGGUUUAUCUCUUUCUGCUGUAACAGUAAAUCGUCUUAUAACAGUAAAUCUUCGGAUCUGUUAUCCACUUUAAAAGUAUUAAUUCUACCAUUUCUUAAAAUUAUCUCAAAAGAAUGAGUGCGAAUGCUGGCAGGGUUCUUGUGUACGGAGGAAAAGGCGCUCUCGGGAGCACAAUUGUAUCCCAUUUUAAAGCCCGAAAUUGGUGGGUAGGUUCUAUUGAUAUGUCAAUAAAUGAGGAGGCCAAUGCCAAUGUUAUUGUGAAACCUAAUGAAUCAUGGAUUGAUCAAGAAACUGAAGUCCUUUCUGGUGUUCAAGAAGUAUUAAACCAAGAAAAGGUAGAUGCUCUGAUUUGUGUUGCUGGUGGUUGGGCUGGUGGAAAUGCUGCAGCUAAAGAUCUUGUGAAAAAUUCUGAUCUUAUGUGGAAGCAGAGUGUAUGGACAUCAGUUAUAUCAGCAAAACUGGCUUCUGAGUAUUUAAAAACAGGAGGCUUGCUAACUUUGACUGGUGCUAAAGCAGCUCUUGAAGGAACCCCUGGUAUGAUUGGCUAUGGUAUGGCCAAAGCAGCUGUUCAUCAGUUGGUUAAAAGUUUGGCUGCUUCUAAAAGUGGACUACCAGAUUCAGCUACUGCUGUUGCUAUUUUGCCAAUUACUUUGGAUACACCUAUGAAUAGAAAAUUUAUGCCUAAAGCUGACACCUCUUCUUGGACACCCUUAACUUUUGUGGCUGAUACUCUUUAUAACUGGGCUACUGGAAAGGAUUGUCCAGAAAAUGGCAGUUUGGUUCAACUUAUAACUACAAACAAUGAAACUCAGUUGAAAAUUGCCUAAAAAUAUGUAAAACUGUUGUUCCUUUUUUGUUGUUGUGUUUGCUGCUGUUGUGUGCCAAUAUAUGUAAUCUAAUAAAGAAAAAUAGAUAUGAAUACAUUCACACAAAAAAGUGUAACGGAUCUGGUUAUUUGUAAUUCAUUAGCAAUAUCUGUGAUAUAUACUAUUAGCUUUACAUGUGCUUGAUAUGAAUUUAAUGUUCCUAAUUUUUUAAACUCGAAACAUUUCUAUAAUAUCUCAUUGAUUACAAGUUGAAAUAUCUUGAUACUAAAAUCAUUAAUAGGUAAGUUUUUGUAUAAAAGCAUAUCAUAUUCUUAGUUGAAUUCAUAUAAAAAAAAAACUUUUUUACUGACAAAUUUUUAUGAAAAUCUAGGUACAACUGUUAUAUCAAUAGAAUUCCUGAAAUAAAUUAUUUUUUGAAACCAAUUAUUUUAUAUGUAUAUAAAUAAAAAUAUAAGGAAAAUUAAUUGAACUGUGAUAUACAAUUGAUUUCUUGAUACAUUAAAUUGGCAAAAUUUGUAUGAAGUGUAUGUAAUAAGUGCCAUUGAAAAAAAAUUAAGUAAUUUUAUUAUCAGUGCUUUUGAUCAUAUUGGUAGAUUUUUUGAAACUGUAUGAUUUAAUAAUUUUUUCGAAUUUUAUUAGAUACAUUAUUCAAUAACAUUUUAAAGGAUUGUUACUUGUUUAGAAUUUAUUUUCUAAUUCUAAAAAGAUUAUUAAUUCUUUUUUAAGUGGCAAAUUUAAAUUUAAUAAAUUUAAGUAUAGUUUUUUCAUAGAAGUGUAUUAGAAUUAAAUUAUUUUUAAAUGAAGCAGUUAUUACUGUGCUGUAAAUGCACAUAAUUAUAGAAUGCAAAACUGUACAAAUUCUAUUAAGCCAGUGCUCAAUUUCUUUUAUGUUAUUGCUAUAAUUACCAGUGCAUUACAAAAUGUUAUUUAAUUUUAAUUUUGGAUAAUGAAUGAUUUCAUUUUUAGAUAUUCCAAGUAUUUUUUUCAAUUAGAAACUAGAUAUACAUAUUGUGUGUUUAGAUAUCUAAUUAAAAAUUUGAUAAAAAUAAAGGGGUUGUGGUUGUAGUAAUGCAUUGCUGAUCUCUUACUAUUUUGAAAUAUUUCAAACAUUCCACUUUAGAUCUUAUUUCAGUUCAUUGUAUAUUGUAAGAAAGCAUUUGUUUUAUGAAUACUUGUGCUCAUUGUCCUGACUGUUGUUUGUUGAAAUUGAAGUAAAAAGUGAUUAAUUAAAAAAAUCUUUCAAAGUAUUAAAAAUAAAAAUAAUAAUGAAUAUAUGUUUUCUAUUCUAUAAACAGCUUGUUUUAAAAAGAUUAUUUUUAUGCAGUUUUAUACUUAAAAAACAUGCAUGUAUUUUGAAUUUCUAAAAUAGCAUUGUUUAAAGUUCAUUCUUACAAUUACUAUAAUUAAAAAAUUUUUGUAAAAUGAGUGUAUUUUUUUAUCAUAACACUAAUUUAUCUUUUAGAAUAGCAUCUCAUAAAUUAAAGUAAUUGUUUCAAAACUUCACUCAUUUUUUUAUUUGUAACAUUUAUCAACAUUUGUUUAUCGAGGUUUUGGUGAUUUUAUGCAUUGUAAAAUAAAAUUCAUUAUUUAACCGUAAUCUAUUUCACAGUUUGGUUGUGACAAAUUUGUUGUUCUGUAAAAUAUUAUCUUAUGUAGAAAGAGAUGUUUCUUCUGUUAGUCUAAAUUGUUAAAAGAAAAGAAAAGAUUUAUUUGGAAGUUUUAAAUAAUAAAAAAAUUAAUUAAUUUGAAAUGUCCAAAAGAAUGUUUUUCUUCUGCAGAAUUGAGUAGCCUAUCCUUAAUUAUAAAAAACUCAGAAAUUUACAUGCUGAUUCUUUUUUGAUGCCAACAAUCUUAUGCUGAAUGUUUAGUCAUAAUUUUUAAUAAUUUUCCUUUAAUGUUGCCAACCUGCCUACUAAGUAUUGUUUAAAUGAUUAUUUUUUUAUUCCUGUUUUCAAAUUAUAAUUCUAUUUGUCUUGUAAAUGAUAAUUAUUCGAGAAUGUGAUAUUAUUUUGGAAUUUUCAACCAAACGUUUUGAAUUUACUGGGAGUAUAGAAAAUUAAUCAAGCAUUUUUUUAAAAAAAAUCUGCCGAUAAGUACAAUUAAAAUGCAGAAAAUUUUGACAUUUUAUGCUGAAUAUAAAUAUGGGGAGUUCAUAGAAGCUUUUAACAGAAUUUUUUUAAAAUAUAUACAUUCACUGCCCUUUGCUGAAUUCAUAAACCACUUAUGCUCCCUUUAAGAUAUCUUAUAUAUGAUUCAUACAUUAUUUUUAUGCUUUCAUCAAAUAUUUUUGUUUAUUAAUGCUAUAAUUAUAUUUAUUUUAAUGUUAUGGAAACAAAAUCUUAUUUUAAAUAUAAAUAUAAUAGUGUCAUAGUGUAAAAAUCAGGGAUUUUGAGAAUUAAUUAAAAAUAUUUCAUGCUUAAACUGAAUGUUGCUCAUUGUGUUUUCACGUAUAUGUAUGUAGUGAUCUGCUUUUUAUAUCUUAAUACAAAAUGAUUUAUAUGUGUUAAUUGACUGUUUAGAUUUAGACCAAAAUAAAAUUGAUGUU